AUGGUUUACGACUUGAAAAUAAUAGUAUGUGGCUACAAGCAAAGUAUUUUCGAUAUUGAAUGGUGCACACCUUUACCUACUAAAUUCGAAGACAAUCCAGAAGGUGUCAGUAAAUUUAUUAGAAAGCAGUUAGCAUCAGUACGUUUCAUCUUAAUUUUUCUUGAUGUUUUUGGUCAUACCCUCGAUUCACUUUUAUCAUUAAUCGGAGAUACUACCAAUAUAAUUGGUAUCUAUAUUGGUGAUAAUACAAUACAAAAUUUAGACUAUAAUCGUCCAAAUAUCUUUCGCUUGCCAAGACGUCAUAUUACAUUUUCAAUCACAUCACAUGCUAUACGUGCUUGUCAAUCUGCAUCGAGAGAUCUAUUUGUACCAACGAAUACUGGUGACGCUAUUGUUUGGGAACAAAAAGGCAAUGAUUUAAAAAGAUGGUUAACAACAAAUAACAAAGUAGAACCUUGUGAUAUAUUACUUAUUCCACUAUACACGGCCAAUGAUAAUUUUCUACAGUAUCAAAGCGAGUUAAUUGACAUAUGUACUGGUUUAUGUUUCGAUUAUGAACCAAGAGUCUGUACACUCUACGAUUAUAUGUGUCCUGAUGAAUGCUAUCCUAAUAUGUCGAACGAAGAAAAGAAUUUUAUUAAUAAUGACAACGAAAAUAUCUGUCUUCUUCUGACAAAAAAAUUAGCACGUAUACGAAUAUAUGUCGUUGGAAAUGAUGAAACUAACUCAUAUAAAUGGAGUUUAUUUUUGCUUAAUAACGAACUGAAUAUUGCUAGUCAGAAUCCACCUCGCUUUGAUGAACAAUUUAUAUAUGCUGAACUUGAACCUGUCACGCCUGUAAUUAUAGAAACAUUACAUAGUUAUGGUGGUCGCUUACAAGAAAUAGAAAAGCCGAUGCUAACAACAUUGGAUAAAAUCCGUGAAGAUUCUGCAUUUUUCCUUUAUGCAAUUGAUCGAGGUCGUGUCAAUUUUGAACAACGUGAAAUGGUUGCUAAUAUCAUGUUAUCUCAAUGGACAAUGAAUUAUCACGAAAAUUCUACUGACUAUAGUCAUGAGUUUCACACAACCGAACAAGCUCAAAAUGGUCCGGUUGAACAAGAUGAUAAUUUGACAAAUGAGAUGGACCGUAUGAUUCAGUCACCAGCUCCAGUUAGUUCUCCAAAUUAG